CGGGGGCGGGGCCUCCCGCGGGCGCUUGUUUUUUGUGAAUGAAAGGCGGGGCGGGCGCGGCGCGGCCCGGACUGCAGCGCGGCUCGGCUCGGCUCGGCUCGGCUCGGCUCGGCUCGGCUCGGCUCGGCUCGGCUCGGCUCCGCGCACGGCUCCGCGCUCGGCUCGGCGCAGCGCAGCGGGCCGCGGAUGCGGAGCGCGGGGCCGCCGCGCCGCCGCCAUGGGCCCCCCCGCCCCAGGCCCUGAGGCGCGCAGCGCAGCGCCGGGGCGCGCAGGGCCGAGCCGCGCAGCCCGCACCGUGGCCAUGUCCGCAGGGGCGAGCCCGGCCCCGGCCCCGGCCCCUGGGAGCCGCCGCUUCGUCUGUGUGGGUGUCCCAAUUAAUGGAUUCUGACAUGGAUUAUGAGAGGCCAAACGUAGAAACUAUCAAGUGCGUCGUGGUCGGGGACAACGCGGUGGGCAAAACCCGGCUCAUCUGUGCCCGCGCCUGCAACGCCACGUUGACCCAGUACCAGCUCCUCGCCACCCACGUGCCCACCGUCUGGGCCAUCGACCAGUACCGCGUUUGCCAGGAGGUGCUGGAGCGCUCCCGGGAUGUGGUAGAUGACGUUAGCGUGUCCCUGCGGCUCUGGGACACCUUUGGAGACCACCACAAGGACCGGCGCUUUGCUUACGGGAGGUCGGAUGUUGUGGUUUUGUGCUUCUCCAUCGCGAACCCGAACUCCCUGCACCACGUGAAGACCAUGUGGUACCCAGAGAUCAAGCACUUCUGUCCCCGCGCUCCCGUCAUCCUGGUGGGCUGCCAGCUCGACCUGCGCUACGCCGACCUGGAGGCCGUGAACCGGGCGCGGCGGCCCUUGGCCAGGCCAAUCAAGCCUAACGAGAUCCUUCCCCCGGAGAAGGGGAGGGAGGUGGCCAAGGAGCUGGGGAUCCCCUAUUACGAGACGAGUGUGGUGGCCCAGUUUGGCAUCAAGGACGUCUUUGACAAUGCCAUCCGUGCCGCCCUCAUCUCCCGCCGGCACCUGCAGUUCUGGAAGUCCCACCUCCGCAACGUGCAGCGGCCGCUGCUGCAAGCCCCCUUCCUGCCCCCCAAGCCCCCUCCGCCCAUCAUCAUCGUCCCAGACCCUCCUUCCAACAACGAGGAGCGCCCGGCCCACCUCCUGGAGGACCCCCUCUGCGCAGACGUCAUCCUGGUGCUGCAAGAGAAGAUCAAAAUCUACGCACACAAGAUCUACCUCUCCACCUCCUCCUCCAAGUUCUACGACCUGUUCCUCAUGGACCUGGGCGAGGAGGACCAGCACAGCGUGGCGGGGCAUGGCUUCGCGGGCGCCGUCACCACGGCCGCCGAGCGGAUGCUGCACCAAGAGGAGAGGCACCACGCGCGGGAUUUCCUCCUCCGGGCUGCCAGUUUUGACAUCUGCGAGAGUGCCGAGGAGGCCGGCUCCGGCCAGCGAAAACCGUGCCUUAGAGCCUCCACCAGUGACGGGAUCCUGCGGGGCAACAGGUAUGAGAACGGGGAGCGUGGGCUGCGGCGGGGAAGGGAUCUCUCCUCUUGGAGCCGGGCCUUCAUCAGCAUCCAGGAGGAGAUGGCGGAAGACCCCCUGACCUACAAGUCUAAGCUCAUGGUGGUGGUGAAGAUGGACGCUUCCAUCCAGCCAGGUCCUUUCCGGGCCGUGCUGAAGUACCUGUACACGGGGGAGCUGGACGAGAACGAGCGGGACCUCAUGCACAUCGCUCACAUCGCGGAGCUCCUGGAGGUGUUUGACCUCAGAAUGAUGGUGGCCAACAUCCUCAACAACGAGGCGUUCAUGAACCAGGAGAUCACCAAAGCCUUCCACGUCCGGAGAACCAACCGGGUGAAGGAAUGCCUGGCCAAGGGGACUUUCUCCGACGUCACCUUUGUGCUGGACGACGGUGCUAUCAGUGCCCACAAGCCCCUGCUCAUCUCCAGCUGCGACUGGAUGGCGGCGAUGUUCGGCGGUCCCUUCGUGGAGAGCUGCACCAGCGAGGUGGCACUCCCUCACACCAGCAAGAGCUGCAUGCGGGCCGUGCUGGAGUACCUCUACACGGGGCAGUUCAGCUCCAGCCCCGACCUCGACGACAUGAAGCUCAUCAUCCUGGCGAACCGCCUCUGCCUGCCGCACCUGGUGGCUCUCACCGAGCAGUACACGGUCACGGGGCUGAUGGAGGCGGCGCAGAUGAUGGUGGACAUCGACGGGGACGUGCUGGUGUUCCUGGAGCUGGCGCAGUUCCACUGCGCCUACCAGCUCGCCGACUGGUGCCUGCACCACAUCUGCACCAACUACAACAACGUCUGCCGCAAGUUCCCCCGCGACAUGAAGGCCAUGUCGGGAGAGAACCAGGAGUACUUCGAGAAGCACCGCUGGCCGCCGGUCUGGUACCUGAAGGAGGAGGACCACUACCAGCGGGCGAGGAAGGAGCGGGAGAAGGAAGACUACCUCCACCUCAAGCGCCAGCCCAAGAGGCGGUGGCUCUUCUGGAACGCCUCCUCCUCCCCAGCUGCCUCCCCGGCCGCGGCCGCAGCCACGGCCGCCGCCGCCUCCUCCUCCUCCUCCUCCUCCUCCUCCUCCUCGGCCGUGGUUUGAAAGCCCGUCCUCGCCCUUGCUGCGGCGGCGGGCAGGCGGCCAAGGACCGUCCCCGUGCCCGGCGGAGCGGACACCAGCAGCUCCCGGGCCCGGCGGGGCCCGGACCCGGCUCCCGGCUCCCCGCUGCCGCCGCGCCGGAGGAGCGCCAGGAGAAAGUCACGUUUACAGGAGCACGACGGGGGGUUGCUUGUUUGCUUGUUUGUUUGUUUUUUUUUUGAACACGGACAGCGUGAAGAAGAAGAAGAAGAAGAAACCCUUUCUGGUUGCACUUUCAGUUCGAACCAGAAGGCGCAGGAUUUGUCUCGUUUCGGCUCACCGCUUCCCCGCGCCGCCCCCCCGGACACCCCGCCGGUCCCGCUUGACUCGCUUGCGGGCGAGCGGCCGCUUUCGCUCCGCUGUCCCUGGACUAAGGCUGGAGGCCACUUUGCCGGGCGGGAGCCGAGGACCGGAGCCGGCUCCCGGCGCGCACACGGCUCCCCGGAGCGCUGGCGGAUGCUGCUGCUCCCCGGCUGCCGGGGGGGCACGGAGGAGCCCUCUGCUCCCCCCUUCCACGGCCGUGCCACUUCCGCAGCAGCGGGACCCCCGAAUGCAACCUCUCCAGCGGUCUUUUUUUUCUAAAAAAAGAAAACUUAAAGCAAAAAAAACAAAAAAACCCACUCUACACCGGAAAGCAAGCCCCAGGGCCCCGGCUCGGGGGCUCCAUUGUAAUAAAGGGUAUUUUAAAAGCC